AUGUCUUCAAUCACUAGCAACGAAGCUGCCUGGAUUCCUACCGAGAAGGCAACAUGUGAAGUCGGACCAGGACCCGUGCCCAACCCUAAGGAAAAUGAGGUCGUUAUCGAAGUUGCUUAUGCAGCUGUCAACGCAAUUGAUUACCUGAUGCAAGACACUCCCUACGUUCCACUACCAUACCCUUCUAUCUUCGGCUCCGACAUCGCUGGAACAAUCGUCCAGCUAGGUUCUUCAGUGACCCGAUUCAUGAUCGGCCAGCGUGUCAUUGGCGAGUGUGAUAACCUUCUCACACAAAACCCAAGUCACGCUGGGUUCCAACGGUUUGCGACUUGCGCGGAAAUUAUGGUUGCGGCCAUUCCCGAUUCCCUCCCUCUGGCUAAAGCUGCGGUCCUCCCACUCUGUUAUUCCACGGCUGGAUGCGCGCUUUUUAAGCAUCUCAGGCUUCCUCUUCCUUCGCUUGAUCCUAAGCCAAUCGAAAAGACUAUCUUGUUGUGGGGUGGCAGUUCCUCUGUUGGCUGUUCAGCAAUCCAUUUGGCGGUGGCUGCUGGUUUGACUGUGGUCACUACUGCUGGAGCACAAAACCACGAUUUGGUCACGAGCUUGGGCGCUAAGUUUGUCAUUGAUUAUAACAGCCCGACUGUUAUCGAAGAAGUUCUCAAAGUCCUCAAGACAGGCGAUCUGGUCGUGGAUUGUAUCUCCAUCCCAGCUACCCAGGUGAUAUGUACAGAGAUCGUGCACAAACUUGGCGGGGGGAAGCUUCCUGUUUUACGAUGGCCGGAAGCAAGUAAAUAUGAUGAUGUUGAGAUGAUCUUUGUCAAUGGCGGAGAUCCCGUACUUGUCGAUCUCGAUAUUGGCGAUGCGCUUUGGCGUAAGUAUCUCCCUGAAGCUCUGGCGACAGGGAAGUUUGUGCCGAAGCCGGACCCAGAGAUUAUCGAAGGAGGAUUGGGAAAGGUUCAGGAGGGGAUCGAUAUUGUUCGAAAGGGGGUUUCGGCUAAGAAGAUUGUUAUUGAGGUCGCCAAGGAGGCGUGA